GUCAUAAAUAGAUGUGUUGGUAUUCCCGCUGUGACAGUUUAACGAAAGAACUCGGUUGGCGUUGUCAGCAGUCUUCAUCAAAUCAAAUAUUGGGAUAACGUUAUUGUCUUCUAUAUGUCAACAAUGUCCAACCAGGCGUCACCAUCAACUGCAUUAGAAAAUGACACAGAAUUCGACGCACGUCCCUUCACUGGUGAGUAGAUGUCGCUAUAGUUUCAAUUUAAUAUAAAGGGCAGUGGUUACCGUCAUGCAUGUGCUCCGCAAGUCUCAGGGGCUCCACAAGUCUCAGGGGCUCCGCAGUCGCUAUGGGAAACUUUUAUUAAUCUUUAAGACCUAAGGUAGGCCCAAGUGGUUCCCUAGUAGAAAUCGAUUAUUUAAAGGGCUCCACGAGACAAAAAGGUUGGGAACCUCUGAUAUAGAGGAUUAAUACAUAAUUAUCGAACGUAUAUAGAAUAUAAAGCAACUAUAUAGGUUUUAAAUAAAUUACAGCUCAUUGGCUAAAUAAGUUAUUAGAAUAACCGGGGAUCCAUGUAUUUUAUAUGAUUACAGAACCACCAUGUGCUCCACAGCAAGGUAUAGAUGACAUACCUGAUCAUCUGAGAGUACAUCUACCAUCACAUUUAAAAAAGGACAACUUCGAGAUACUCAUUCUGAAUGAUGAGGAGGAUGAAAAAGAGGCGAGGAUGUUAAAGAAAAACCUGGAGGAAAAUGUUCGUUACAAGAAAACUCACUCCUUGAUUCCGCCAAAGGUAGAGCUCUUUAGUGACGUCAUAUACGAAGACGAUUCACCGACGGAAGAGCUCGACUUCGCCCUGAGUAAAACAAUCUUUGUGUAUUUGUUUUUAACCCAUAAGUUCUGUGUAGAUAAAUGGACGCUGUUUAAGGGCCAGGCCUGCCUUAGAAAAGCCCUCCAGAACAGAGACUCAAAUUUGUGUGUAGUGAAUAUUGAAACCAUGCCUCGUGGCAGACGAGAAUAUGAUACAGUUUUGCCGACGACCAUCGGGGCCCUGCGAAAUUUCACGUAUUUAAGUGAUCCGGGGCAAGGAAAUGAAGACAUUUAUACGGGGAUACAAAAAAUGUUGGAAUGUAAAACUGGGAUUAUGUUACAAAAAGAUCAACAGCUACACAACGCUCGUCUGGAAUAUCUCUCGAAGUUGAAAGAAAGAAGUUCUUUUCCAAUCAUGUUUGGACCGCAAUUUAACCCGGAAGCUAUCAUGAUUCAAGGUACAAUAACCCAGUCAGCUUCUCGGGUCACCAGCAAUCAUCAAGAUGCCAUCAAAAAAUUUCACACAGGAUCACGGCUUAACGUUCCAGACAAGGCUUUAAACAAUGAACUGAACAAUGAUAUUGAAACUGACCAACCAUUGGACGUGGAUUCUACACUUCUAAAAACUCCCUUUCCCUCUACACCGGAGAGAACAGAUCUUGGGGACAGUGACACAAGCUUUCCAUCAGUGGAUUUCACAGAGGAGCAAGUUGCAGUGCCAGAGAGUAAUGCCGUUCUCGGAUAUAAUGGAGUACAUCUAUGUAGACCUACUCAUACGGAUAAGCCAUUAUAUUUCCAGGGAAAUGAGCUUCCAAAUGGACCUACGGAUUCUAGUACAGAAGUUGAUGGAAACGCAAAAAGUGGACAAUUUCUUGACUAUCUGCCCGAUUUAAGUUUACAAAGUAUAAACAUCUCUUCUGAGUCUUAAACUGACAUGUCCUUAGAUUUCUGAUACCUUUCACUUUAAGUGUGUUUUUAUACAAAUUAUUUAUCUAGGUUUUGCCCUUUAAUGAUUAGAUACAUUUUUAAAUUUUAAAAUAUGUAGAAAAAGUAUGCAUACAUCUACUGUUUUAUUGCAAAUAGUAUAUAUUUUGGAUUAUAUAUAUCACAAUGAUCUGGCAUAUUUUGUAAGAGCUUUAGUAUGCAUAGGUAUGUACAUUAAAUUCAUUAAUAAACUAUACUUUGUGAAGCUGACAGUGACUUAUUCGAAUGUCAAACCUUUUCUCUUGAAAAACUAAAUAUCAUGUGCCAGGAGGUUUUUAUGGAGAAUAAAACGUUUCUCAGCCAGUCAGCAGAUCGCCCCUCCACCUUUUUUUUCCCACUCUCCGCAAAGCUGACUUAUCGAAGGGAACUUCAAAUAAACGACGAAGCUCAACACCAAGGGCGUCGCAGGAAUUUUCAUCGAGUGGAAUGUUAUAACCCUCAUACUACGGGACCCCCCCCCCCCAUAUGCCCACAACAAUUUUUCUAACAAUGUUUACUUCCNAGGUGGAUGCUGGGGUCGGGGUGGGAGGUGAAGCCGCAAAGAAACGGAUGUUUUUAGUCGCCAUUUUCUUUCACAUAGGUGACAGACCAACCGGUAGGGUAAAAAAAAUAAUUACGGCUGGGGAUGGGGGGGGGGGUGGGGAUGGGGUGUGGGGUGGGGAUGGGGUGUGGGGUGGGGAUGGGGGUGGAUGUCUGCAGCGGUCGGCGCUUUUGUUAAGAGUGAUAUUUUCGCUCAAAUGAGACGAAAGGAAACUUUUUUGAAUUUGGGAUUGUAAAAGACACCAUGCAUUACUUUGAGGGAAAAAAACAACAAAAACUUUUUACUUGGCUAUAGAGAAGACACUGGCUAAAUUCUAAUUACGGCUUUUAAUUUUGGACAAGUUCAUAAAAAUUCUAGAAGAAGAAGGAAAUAAGUGAAACACACGUCAGUUUAAAGCUUGUACUAAUGGGUUAGGUAUCAAACGGUCACAUUUGAGAGAUUUCGAUGCCAUUGUAGGUACAAGGAAACACAUAUUAAAAGGAUGUAAACACUGGAAGAGAGAAAACAAAUAGAAUGCACAUAUGAUAUGUGUCGUUUGAACCAUCGUGAGGGGUUAUAUGGGGAUAGUGAGGGGCUAUGUGGGGGUAGUGAGGGGCUAUGUGGGGGUAGUGAGGGGCUAUGUGGGGGUAGUGAGGGGCUAUGUGGGGGUAGUGAGGGGCUAUGUGGGGGUAGUGAGGGGCUGUGUGGGGGUAGUGAGGGGCUAUGUGGGGGUAGUGAGGGGCUAUGUGGGGGUAGUGAGGGGCUGAAAAUUUGAUGUGUAGAUUUUGUCUUCGAGGGGGGGGGGAGCUAACUCAGGGACCGUUCCAGGCAGCACAAAGUCUAUCAUGAUACUGCCUAGUGACACAAAGUCUAUACAGGCUCGACACUGCCUGGCGACACAAAGUCUAUAUAGGCUCGACACUGCCUAGUGACACGAAGUCUAUAUAGGCUCGACACUGCCUAGCGACACAAAGUCUAUAUAGGCUCGACACUGCCUGGUGACACAAAGUCUAUAAUAGGCUCGACACUGCCUAGCGACCAAAAGUCUGUAUAGUUAUGACACUGCCUAGCGACUCAAAGUUUAUAUAGGCUCGACGCUGCCCACCGACACAAAGUCUAGUUAGGCUCGACGCUGCCCAGUGACACAAAGUCUAUAAAGGCUUGACUCUUCACAGCAACACAAGUCUAUAUAGGCUCGACGCUGCCCAGCGACACAAAGUCUAGGCUCGACGCUGCCCAGCGACACAAAGACUAUAUUGGCUUGACUUUUAACAGCGACAUAAAGUCUAUAUAGGGUUGACACUGCCUAGCGACUCAGAGUUUAUUUUCUGCUCUAUACAAGUAUACGGGCAUUUUCGGGCAAAACUAAUGAAAAGAAAUGGAUUAAAAGACGUAAGGCAUACUUUUAUUAUGCCAUUAGUAACUAAACAUAUUAUGAGAUGCUUGAACUCUGAGAAAAUUGGCUCAAUUCUAUACAGAGUAUUUAAACUAAAUAUUCUUACCAAGUUAUAUAGAAGUAUCGGAAGAAAAAAAGGUUUACAGGUUAACUAGGGUGACAGGUUAAAUAGGGUGAUAGGUUAACUAAAGUGACAGGUUAACUAAAGUGACAGGUUAACUAGGAUGACAGGUUUACUAAAGUGACAGGUUAACUAAAGUGACAGGUUAACUAAAGUGACAGGUUAACUAAAGUGAUAGGCUAACUAGUUUGACAGGUUAACUAGGGUGACAGGUUUACUAAAGUGACAGGUUAACUAAAGUAACAGGUUAACUAAAGUGACAGGUUAACUAAAGUGAUAGGCUAACUAGGUUGACAGGUUAACUAAAGUGACAAAUUUACUAAAGUGACAGGUUAACUAGGGUGACAGGUUACCAGGGUGACAGGUUAACUAGGGUGGUAGGGUAACUAGGGUAACAGGUUAACUAGGGUGGCGGGUUAACUAAAGUGACAGGUUAACUAGGGUGACAGGUUACCCCAAGAGCAAUAAAAAUGCUGUCCAGUAGAAUAAAGGUGCUGUCAAGCAAAAUAAUAAUUAAAUUGACCAAUCAGGGUCGAACACACCCUCAAGUCUAAAAAAGAAACUCAACCUAAAGACUGCCAUGAAACAAUAUUUAGCAGGAAAAAAAACAAAACAUUUUGGUGGAGGUGUAAAACAAAGGGGGAUAAAAAGGACUAAAUAAACAAGUCAGCCUAAUCUUGCUAUUAACAUUAAAGAGAUUUAACUUAAGCUUCCCAGGGCCAGGGGUCGAAGGAACCUAUGAAUACGGUUCUCCCCCCCCCCCUUUUUCCCUUACCCCUAGUUCCAAGCAAGCGUUUCUGUAGUUUUUUCACGAAUGAAAUGAACGAGGAUAAACACGGACCUUGUGAAAUGAAGAAAGAACGAAAAACAUAUCAUUACAGUUUAUUUUAUUAAUACAUUUUGAGUGAGGAUAUUGAAUAGUUCAGCUCCACAGUGUUUUACGUAAGCAGCCACUCGGGGAUCAGGGGCCGUCUUUCUUGAAGAUAAUUCUUCAACUCUCUUUCCGCUAUCCCAUUAAAAAUAAUAAUCCUGCCAUGAUGGUGACGUCAUUUUUGUAGCUUCAUGGUGUAUCCUACUGGAAGGAUCUUUACUCUUUUAAAGUUCCCAUCGUGUUGAAUGUUAAAAUAUCAGGUUAUUCUGCCAAUGAUGUCCGUUCGCAGUAUGAUCGCUAAUAUCCAAAAGUGUGAUUAUGAUAAACAACGACAACAAAGUUCAGUAAUAAGUGAUCACAAUAUAUGGCGGCUACUGUACACAUAUUUCCGAUUAAAUCUAAAAAUAGCAUAGGAUUUCCCAACUCUUAUUUUGAAAAAAAAAGGAGUGGUUGUGGUGAGAUCUGUCAGUUGGGGUGGUUGCUCUGCUGGUUUAGUAUUUUAAUCUACAAUAACGCAAAGUAAGUUUUAUUUUAAAUACCAUUUAUUUAAAAUACAUUUUUUAUAACUUCUAAACAACGUUUUCAUCUAGCUUUAUCCUAAAAGGCAUUCCCUACAUUUAUAGGCUUAUAAGUGUUUAAAUGAUGAUGUCAGCAAUGCCUACUACUGCCUAUUUAACAGCAGAAAGGACAGGUAGCCUAAAUAGAAAUGAAAUACAGUCUAAUGAAUAUGGGAGAGCUUACAGUAGAUAUGUACCAAUUCUUAGAUAACACCAUACACCAUUCCUUAAUUAUUUAGCAAAAUCGCAAAAUGUUCAAUCGUUUUCUUAAAAUAAAAAAUACAUUUAACAAAAGACACUUUAAAUAAUUGUUUGGCUAAAUCAUCAGUCAGAUCUAGUGGCCAUUUGUGAAUGCGCCAUUAUUCUUAAUCGUCUGGUUUAAAGAAAGGAUGUACAUUAAAAUGUACAUCAGCCAAUUUGUUUAAAGUUACUUCCCCAUAUCCAUUGAUUCAGGCGAAUAUUUUCUUGAUAUCCGAAAUGUUGUGUUAUUUUUUUGUUUAAAAUCAAAAGAUUUUUAUUACAAUAUGACAUAUGUGUAUGGAGAAAGAACAUGUCACUAAAUUAAUUGGAGAACAUUGCGUGCGUUUAUCACGGUCCAAACCAAAUUAACUUAACGGUUUAAAACAUUCACAUCAAAUCUUCCUUUAAUAUUUAUUGAUUUAAACAAAUAUUAAUGAACAAUAAAUAAAUGCAUAAAUAUAUCCAAUUGUUUGGAUCAAUAAAAGAAAAAUAUUUUAAAGUUUUAAAAAUAAAAUAUCUCUAAAAUCAUACAUAAACUAGAAAAUGCCAACGUUUUAAAUUAUGAAAAAAAAAAGACAAUUUCUUCAUAACAUGCUUGUGGGUGCUUUCCAGACAACAGCCUAGCCACUGCUGGGCACUUCCUUCUGGUGAAGUUAAAAAAGGUGGCUGAUGUUUAAUGGACUUUUCUUCAUAAUGUAAAUUUGAAAUAUUAAUAAAAACUUUAAAAUACAUUUAAAAAAAAACUAGAAGGAGACAUGUACUAGGCAUACUAUAAAACACAUUUUAAUUUCUUUGUUCCAGCUCUUGACAGUACGCGAUAUUUGAUGCGUGUUUUAGAUACACUUUACCAUGGCUACUAAAGCUCAUACUAAUGAACCAACAGAAAUUGAGCCCGAUGCUCAGUGUGAGCCAUAUCCACGUGACACCAAAAAUCCAGAAAUAGUGGACGCUGGUCAGUUCAGCCGUCCGUUUAAAGCCAAGAACUCAAGCAUGUGUCACAAGCUGCCGCAGUCCCUUCGAGAGGAUUAUUUUGAGAUUCUCAUCAUCUCUGCAGAGGCAGAUUUGAAACAAGCAGAAGAUUGUCGUCAGUUUUUAAGAAAAGAAUUGAACUGCAGGAUUGAGCUGCUGGGAAUCGGAGUGGCUCCUGUGAACCAUUUGGAAGCUUGUCUGGAAAAAACUAUGUAUACUUUUAUUUAUGUCACGAAAAGGUUGUGUGAAUGCACCUGGUCCACCCUGCUGAGUCAGGUGUCCCUUAAAAAGACGCUCGAGGACAAUGAUAAAAAAUGGACGGUGAUCCCAUUACACACGCAGUCUCAGCGAGAUUACGUGCUGCCAUUGCUUCUUCGUUACCUAGAGCCGAUUAUUAACUUCUGGCAAGAUGACCAUGACCUUGGUAGAAUUUCGGGGUUACUAAAGAAGAAAAAAGCUGAAAUAGAUCAACGUGAAUUUAUUUUAGACGAGGAAAGAUCAAAGUGGCUCACCGAGAACUGUCAGCUGUCAAAGAAAGAACACCGUCUUUGCACUUCCAAUUUAGACAACGAAACUUUGGCCGACCAGAAUACGUCUUUGAUUGGCGGUGGUAAACCAAUCAAAGCGGAGCCUCUUAAAGCAUUGAGGGGAGAAUUUGGAGACAUGGCUUUAAGCUCGAGGCAGCACGUUGGUAGACGUGAACGUAAAGACCAACCCGGGGCUGGUCAUCCUGGGGCAGGCCAGACAGGGACAUGCCAGCCUGGGACAGACCAACCUGGGCCAGGCCACUCUGAGGCAGGCCAACCUGAGGCACGCCAACCUGAGGCAGGCCAACCUGAGGCAGGCCAACCUGGGCCAAGCCAACCUGGGCCAAGCCAACUUGGGUCAAGCCAACCUGAGGAAGACCAAUUUGGGCCAAGCCAAGCUGGUGCGGACAGAGACAUUUCAGUGGACUCUGGGGAUCCAGUUGAUAGCGGUGUGUUUUCUGUUAGUAACAGAAGCGUCGCAUGUCAAUCAAAUCACGGGGCUGCCAUCAUCACAAGCAACACGCCAAUAAAUGUCAACAUGCUGCCAGCAGAGACUGCGAGCUUAGGAGAACCAUCAAAGUAUGUCAUCCCAGGGCCUGAAGAAACUGACUCGGAAUAAUACGCAACAAAUUUUCAAAUUUAAAACAAUAAAUCAAUAAAUGUGUUCAUAGUUUUAACAACAGAUGUGUUCUAGAUUGCUGAUUGACUUUCUAAGUCCUGAACUUGAUCACAUGUUCAUUGUGCUGGCUGAAAAUGUAAGAAAUGAAGUGCUUAGAAAAUCGAUGACAGUGGCGCUUGGAGCGAGUUAAUUUAUUGUUAUUGUUGUGUCCUUAAAUACAUAUACACUUACAUACCGGUAAUGAUGGCAGCAUUUCAAAUAAAUAC